AUGGAUGAGCGGCUGCGGGACCUGCGGCUGCAGGAGGAGAGGACCUUCCUGCAGAGCGUGGCGCGGGAGGAGGCCACAGAGCGGCCCCCCAGUCGGCGGCACAGUCGGGCACCCGCCAUCGUCCCUGAGCCCCUCGCCAGUGACGCUGCUCUCUGUGUGCCCAACAGCCCCAAGUCACGCAGGGACCUCAGCCUGAUAGCGGAGGCGGUGGGACGCAGCGAGUUCCUGCGGCGCCUGGGCGAGGGCUGCCCCGAGGCGCUGGCCCAGAGCUUCGCCCCCGUCUGGCACGGCCCCGGGGACACCGUGCUGGCUGAGGGCACCGAGGGCACCGCCAUGUACAUUGUGGCAGAGGGGCAGCUCAGUGUGAGCCAGCGGGGCCGGCAGCUCCGCAUGCUGGGGCCAGGUGAUGUGUUCGGGGAGCUGGCCAUCCUCUACCACUGCAAGCGCACUGCCACCGUGCAGGCGCUCAGCCCCGUGCGCCUCUGGGCCAUCGACAGGCAGCGGUACCGUGCCAUUGCCACCAGCAACGCCAAGCAGAGACGAGCCAAGAUCCUGGGGUCUCUGCGAACAGUGCACUGGCUGCAGGACCUCUCUGACAGCCACCUCUGCAAGCUGCUGGAUGCCAUGGAGGAGUGCACCUUUGCGCCUGGCCACGUCAUUAUCCACGAAGGGGACGAGGGGCAAAACUUUUACAUCAUCCUGAAGGGAGAGGUGCGGGUGAGCCGGCGGGUGGAUGGGCAGGAGAAGCUGCUCCGUGUCCUGGGCGCCGGCGAGCACUUUGGGGAGCUCUCCCUGCUGCAGGGUUGGGGGUCUCCGAGCCUGAGGCAGCCCCUGGCGCCGGUGCGGCUGGAGGACCUGGUGGCCAUGCACUAUGAGGAGGGGCCGCGGCAGGGCCAGCGCGUCAUCCUGGGCACCGGCGGCUUCGGCAGGGUUGAGCUGGUGAGAGUGCGAUCCGGGGAGCGGCUCUUUGCGCUGAAGCAGAUCCGCAAGGACUGGGUGGUGCGGACGCAGCAGCAGGAGCACGUGCGCACUGAGCGGCGGGUGCUGGCAGGCAGCCACAGCCCCUUCAUCGUGGGUUUUUUCGGCACCUUCCGGGAUGGGCAGUAUGUCUACCUGCUGCUGGAGUUCUGCCAGGGCGGCGAGCUGUGGACCAAGCUGCGUGAGAUGCGCUGCUUUGAGGAGCCGCUGGCCGUGUUCUGCUGUGCCUGCGUGGUUGAGGGUCUCGAGUACCUGCACGGCCGUGGCAUUGUCUACCGCGACCUGAAGCCCGAGAACCUCAUGCUGGACCAGAGCGGCUACGUCAAGCUGGUUGACUUUGGCUUCGCCAAGGAGCUGGGGCGGGGGGAGAAGACCUACUCCUUCUGCGGGACCCCCGAGUACCUGGCGCCUGAGAUGUUGCGCCAGGAAGGCCACGACUUCGCUGUCGACUUCUGGAUGCUGGGCAUCCUCACCUUCGAGCUGCUGGUGGGCAGGCCCCCCUUCCACAGCGCUGACCCCCAGCAGAUCUACAGCCGCAUCCUGGACGGCGUCUUCUCCUUCCCUGCUUUCCUCGGCGAGGCCGCCUGCUCCCUCAUUGGCAAGCUCUGCAGACGCCGUCCGGGUCAGCGCCUGGGGAACACGGCCAGCGGCAUCCGCGGCAUCAAGAAGCACAGGUGA